AUGACUGAAACCUGGCCGAAAAUCGAGCGAACAACGAUUACAUCAUCAGUUCCACACGCGCCGCACAAUUUCAUCGAAAAACCGCCCUUCAACCGCACCAUCAACGUCUAUCCAUUGCCGAAUUAUAUUUUUGGAACAAAAGAUGUGCAAAUGGAGAAGGAUAAAUCGGUUCCGGAAAGAUUUCAAAGAAUGAAAGAUGAGUAUGGAGUGGUUGGUAUGAGAAGAUCUGUUGAAGCCGUGCUGAUUGUCCACGAACAUUCAUUGCCACAUGUGUUAUUGCUUCAAAUUGGAACUACUUUUUAUAAAUUGUAAGUUUUUUUGUUUGACAUGUCGAAAAAAACCCCUUUUCACUUUCCAGACCUGGUGGCGAGCUCGAACCAGGCGAAGAUUAUGUUGCUGGCAUGAUUCGAUUAUUAAACGAUACCCUCGGCAGAACAGACGGUCUACCAAAUGAAUGGUCAAUCGAAGAUGAGAUUGGAAACUGGUGGCGACCGAAUUUCGACCCGCCAAGGUAUCCAUAUAUUCCGGCACAUGUCACAAAACCAAAAGAGCACACCAAACUAUUGUUGGUUCAACUCCCAGCCAAAGGUUUGUAUUUAGUUUUGUUUUCAAAUUGUUUUGUUCUCUUCAAAAUCAUUUUCAGCCACAUUCGCUGUUCCGAAAAACUAUAAACUGGUUGCUGCUCCACUUUUCGAACUCUAUGAUAAUUCAGCAGCGUAUGGUCCAUUGAUCUCAAGUCUUCCAACAACUCUCAGUCGAUUCAAUUUCAUUUUCAAUGAUGAAUCAGAUUAA